AUGGCCCCAGUUCCAGUAAUUGAGAAGUAUGCUCCAUCGGAUUCCGGUAGUUCUGAGGCAUCUGAUAUCCUUGAUUUGAAAGAUGAUGAAGGAUGGGAAGACGCUGAGCCAGAAGAGGAAGAACAAAACCAAUUUGUAUCGUUAUUUGACGAUGAAGUCUUCUCCGAUAUGCUUGCUAUGCUACAACAAUGCAAAGAGAAAUAUGGCUUUGAUUUCCUAGAAGUCAGACAAAAGCUAGGCUUGGACUUCUACGGCAGUAUCAAACUCACCAAUUACUUAAGAUCGAAGACUCAAUGUGGUGAGCAGCCUUCUCAAAGUAUUUCCAAGGCCGACUUAGAAGACGAGAAAUAUCUCAAGCCAGUUUUGGAGGAUGAUGCUUUUCUUUUCUGCCUCGAUGAUCUUCCUGAAAUCGUUGAACAAAAGAGCGGCGCAGGAAAUGGCAAGGAAGUCGAAUCUGGACCCCUCGUUACUCGUGUAUUUGAACUAGAAGAGGAGCUCCGGAAAACUCAAUCCCAAUUUGAGAAUUAUAGAAACACUGUCAACGAAACACUGGAUGAACGUUGGACCAAGUCAGCAGGCCCUUCUAUCAAUAAAGAGGAGAAGCGAGAUGAUGAUAGUCAAUACUUUACCUCUUACUCAUACAAUGAUAUCCAUGAAACUAUGUUGAAAGAUACUGUUCGUACCGAUGCCUAUCGUGACUUCAUCUACAAUAACAAGUCUCUUUUCGCAGGAAAGACUGUUUUAGAUGUAGGUUGUGGUACAGGUAUCCUUAGUAUGUUCUGUGCCAAAGCCGGUGCAGCUCGAGUAAUUGGUGUUGAUAACUCGGACAUCAUCGAAAAAGCCCGUGAGAAUAUUUUCAACAAUGGCUUUGCCGAUAAAAUCACUUUACUUAAGGGUAAGGUCGAGGAAGUCAACCUCCCCGUUGAUCACGUCGAUAUUAUUGUUAGUGAAUGGAUGGGUUAUUGCUUGUUGUAUGAAGCCAUGCUCGACAGUGUCAUCUGGGCGCGAGACAUGUACCUGAAGCCUGAUGGAUUAAUGGUUCCCAGUCAUAUGAACAUGUGGGUUGCACCCGUGGCUGACCCGGAUUACGUUGCCGACCACAUUGAUUUCUGGAGAGACGUGUAUGGAUUCGACAUGAAAGCGAUGCAAGCCGGAAUCCACGACGAUGCUCAGGUCCUCGACAUGCCAGCUAGUACGAUCUGUGGCGAACCUUUCCCAUUCUUGCAAUUAAGCUUGCAUACAACCACUGUCAAAGAUCUUACUUUCAGGAGAAAAUGGGAGACAAAGCUUACUCAAGAUAUCGAUGCCUUGGACGGCUUCAUGAUUUGGUUUGAUAGUUUCUUCAUGCCCACACGAAACGAUGAACUUCCGGAGAAUGCAAAGGCCGAGGAGUGGGCAAAAGAAGGAAAGAAAGGGGUAGCGUUCACAACGGGUCCUAAAGCCAAGGUGACACAUUGGAAACAAGGUGUUUUACUCAUCGAUAACACCAAAGAGCAACCAAAGGAACAUAAGGCGGGCAAACAGAUGAUUGGAGAGUUAGAAUAUUUAGUGGCCGAUGAUUAUUCGAGAGCACUAACUAUUGGUGUGGACUGGAAGUUCAAUGGCGAGGAGGAGGCUGCUAAUUCUCAGAAAUGGAAAAUGAGAUGA